AUCGCGCCCCCCUCUCCCUGGAGGCUGGCGGCCCUGAAACUCGGUAGCCACCCACCCUUCUUCUCCUCUUCCUAUUCCAAAUUCCAGUCGACUCCAAGUUUUCUUCUUUUCAGUUUCCAUUGACACUUCACUUUCAGAGUCAAUAUUCUUUCAAAUUUGGAAUUUAGCGAUUUUACAACUUGGGGUUCAGAAAAAUGGCGAAAGGAGAAGGUACUCUUCUCGUGAGUUCGAAAGCAGAGUUGAAACGGAAGGAGAAGCAACAAAAGAAGGCCAAGUCUGGCGGAUUUGAGUCCUUGGGUCUUAGCCCCAAUGUGUACAGAGGAAUCAAACGCAAAGGUUACAAGGUGCCCACUCCAAUUCAGAGGAAAACGAUGCCGAUCAUUCUUUCUGGUGCCGACGUCGUUGCCAUGGCUCGCACUGGGUCUGGUAAAACCGCUGCCUUUCUCGUCCCCAUGCUUGAGCGUUUGAAUCAGCAUCUUCCUCAGGGUGGUGUUAGAGCUCUCAUUUUGUCCCCUACUAGAGACUUGGCGCUUCAGACUUUGAAGUUCACCAAAGAGCUUGGCCACUUCACAGAUCUUCGUGUUAGUUUAUUAGUUGGGGGUGACAGUAUGGAAAGUCAGUUUGAGGAAUUAGCUCAAAAUCCUGACAUCAUAAUUGCAACACCUGGUAGGCUCAUGCACCAUUUGUCUGAAGUUGAUGACAUGUCAUUGCGUACUGUGGAAUAUGUUGUUUUUGACGAGGCAGAUUGUUUAUUCGGCAUGGGUUUUGCUCAGCAGUUGCAUCAAAUUCUUACACAGCUAGGUGAGAACCGUCAAACCUUGCUUUUCAGUGCUACAUUACCUAGUGCACUUGCUGAAUUUGCAAAGGCUGGCUUGCGUGAUCCUCAGCUUGUUCGUCUGGAUUUGGAAACUAAAAUCAGCCCUGACCUGAAGGUUGCUUUUUUCACCUUGAGGCAGGAAGAAAAAUAUGCAGCAUUACUGUAUUUGAUUAGGGAGCAAAUUAGUUCUGAUCAGCAGACACUAAUAUUUGUAUCCACAAAACAUCACGUGGAAUUUCUUAACACAUUGUUUAAAGAAGAGGGUAUUGAGCCAUCUGUAUGUUAUGGUGACAUGGAUCAAGAUGCACGCAAGAUUCAUAUAUCAAGGUUCAGGGCAAGAAAGACAAUGUUAUUGAUUGUGACAGAUGUUGCUGCUCGGGGCAUAGAUAUUCCAUUACUUGAUAAUGUUAUCAAUUGGGACUUCCCUCCCAAGCCUAAAAUAUUUGUUCAUCGAGUUGGAAGGGCUGCAAGAGCAGGUCGAGCUGGUGCCGCCUUUUCUUUUGUGACUUCGGAGGAUAUGCCAUAUCUUUUGGAUCUUCAUCUGUUUCUCUCAAGACCAAUCAGAGCUGCUCCAACUGAAGAAGAGGUUCUGCAGGAUAUUCAUGGAGCAUUUUCCAAAAUUGACCAGGCAAUAGCAAAGGGAGAAACUGUUUAUGGUCGUUUUCCCCAGAAAGUCUUAGACCUUGUUUCAGACAGAGUUCAGGAAACCAUUGAUGCUUCUGCUGAACUAACAUCAUUGCAGAAGACCUGCCAAAAUGCAUUUCGUUUAUACUCAAAGACAAAACCUUUACCUUCAAAGGAGUCUAUUAGAAGAGUAAAAGAUUUACCACGUGAGGGGUUGCAUCCAAUUUUCAAGAAUGUAUUGGAAACAGGGGAAUUAAUGGCACUUGCUUUUUCAGAGAACUUGAAAAAUUUUAGGCCAAAGCAGACUGUUUUGGAGGCUGAAGGUGAAGCAGCUAAAUCAAAGCAUCUACAAGGACCUGCUAGUCAAUGGGUUGAUGUGAUGAAGAAAAAAAGAGCUAUUCAUGAGAAUGUUAUAAAUUUAGUCCAUGAGCAGCGUUCUAAGAAUAAGACAAAACAGGAGGAAAUUCAAUUGGAUAUCACUCCAGCGGAAAAAGGGAAAAAAGCAGUGUCUGGUUCUAAGAGAAAGCCACAAAGUUUCAAGGAUGAGGAAUACUACAUAAGUUCAAUACCCCAAAAUCAUCACAUGGAAGCAGGUCUUUCAGUCAGGGCUAAAGAAGACUUUUCUUCAAACAGAUUGGAAUCAGCUGUCCUCGAUCUAGUUGCAGAUGACAGUGCUGGCAUUCAGAAACAGAAGUCAGUGUAUCAUUGGGAUAAGAAAAGUAAAAAGUACAUUAAGCUAAACAAUGGUGAGCGUGUUGCUGCAAAUGGAAAGAUAACAACGGAGGGUGGUGCAAAAGUGAAGGCCACCAAGACUGGUAUCUAUAAGAAGUGGAAAGAACGUUCACACAAUAAGAUAGGUCUUAAGGGGAUGGACAAUGAAGGUGAUUCUCAUGGGCCCACGAGUUCAGCAGGGCACUUCCGAGGCAGUCCUCGGAAAUUUAAAGGCGGCAAGAAGCAGCAUUCAGUGCCAAAUGCUCAUGUGCGUUCAGAGAUCAAAGAUCUUGAUCAAAUUCGAAAGGAAAGGCAGAAGAAAGCCAACAGACUUUCAUAUCUGAAGAGCCAGUCUACUAAGAAGGGUAAGAAAUUUGGUAAAGAUGGGAAAAAAGGAAAGGGUGGUGGUGGACAUGGAAAGAAAGGAAAGGGAAGGUAAGAUUAUUUUCAGCAACAUUCUGGUGGGAAAUGUGUAUUUGCUUUUUUCAAUAUUUAUUGGAGCAGGAAAAGUGAGGAUCAGAGAACAAAAUUGAGAAGGGAACUGUAGAAAUGGCUUUCUAGUUAAGCGAGGAGAAAAAGUGAACUGUGUAAUGCUUUCCCUGGGGGAAUUUUGUUAGUUAAACUUAAGUGCUAGAUUUCUUUA